CAGAGCGUGAGGUUCUGAAGAUGAAUUGUGAUGGAUUUAUCUACUUGAUUGAAUAGUCAUAUUCUCUCGCCAAUCUUUGAUGACGCAUGGCCGUCUGUGACCUUUGAAGGGAACCUAUUUUCCUUUGCCUCUGAAGAUUGCUGCAAGGGCCCAUCCCUGUCGCUUUGCCUUGCCUGCCCCGCCUUCGAGCUUCCCAGGUCCCUCUCCAGGGCUCUCUGCAAAACUCACUUUCGAGCUUGUCAACACCAAAGUUAAACUGUGAACAGCAAAACCAGAAAUGUCCUGCACCCACGUCAGUGCAGCAGGUAAGCCUCCUUGUCAUGUUACCUCUUCGCAGAGUCUCUUGCUCCGUUGAGCAGAUCCAGAUCUACCAUUAAGCUUGCUGUGAUUCUUUCCACGGCCACCCCGCCAUAGUUCUUGGUCAAGCCAUCUGUUUGCAGAAUUACAAGCCUCCCUAAGAGAUAAAUACUGACAUUCUCCUCAGAGCUGCGCCCACCUGGUGUGAGCCAGUCGGUAUAUCGGGAAGACUGUACACAGUGCUUUGACUCGAUUGACGAUACGACUGGCCUUGAUGUGUGCCUGUACUGCUUUAACGGAGGCUGCACCGGAGACAGAAAGCAUGCCGCCCUCCACCACGUCCUCAAGUCGCAUCCCUUAGUCCUCAACAUCAAGCGAACUCGAAAAGUGAUAGUCCGAGAUGAACCCCCACAGAAGAUGUCCAAGCUGUCGAUUGCUGCUGAGACUGAGGCGGAUAAAUACGACUUCGAAACCACAGUCAAGUGCUACGCUUGCAAUAUCGAUAAUGUAGACAAGUCGGAAGGGAAGCUUGCGGCAGUCAUUGCGGGAAUUCUCAAGGCAAAUACAUUCUCCCGACACGAGGAGGUUAAGGCUUGGGAGUUGGAGAUGACUUCUUGCGAGCAUAUUCUUACGCUUCAGCAACAUCCUUCAAAGAAGAUCCAGUCACAAGAUCUCGGUCACUGCUCCCUGUGCGAUUUGAAGGAGAACCUUUGGCUUUGUCUAGAAUGCGGAAAUCUCGGUUGUGGCCGUGCUCAGUUCGGAGGAAUGCAAGGACAUUCUCAUGGUUUAGAGCACAGCACCUCUUCUGGACAUGGAGUGGCUGUCAAGCUGGGAUCCAUUACCCCCGAGGGAACUGCGGACGUCUACUGCUAUACUUGUGAUGAGGAACGAGUUGACAACGAUCUUGGCUCUCAUCUCGCUCACUGGGGAAUCAUUCUUGCUGAGCGUGAGAAGACCGAGAAAAGCUUGACGGAGAUGCAAGUGGAUGAGAAUCUGCGGUAUGAGUUCUCCAUGACUGAUGAGGCCGGCAAUGAGCUUCAAAAGCUGUUCGGCGAGGACCUCACUGGCUUGAAGAAUUUGGGUAACAGUUGUUAUCUUGCUAGCAGUCUCCAAUGCUUGUUCGCUCUGCCUCAGUUCCAGUCGAGAUAUUACCUCCCAUCGGCAGACUUGCCCAUCGUUGACGAUCCUGCCCAGGAUCUAGAGACUCAACUUAGAAAGAUUGGCGACGGUUUACUUUCUGGUCGUUAUUCUCACCCAGAUCCAGAUGUUCGCACUGAAGACGAUAAACUGGCCUAUCAGAAAGGAUUGGCUCCUGCAAUGCUCAAGGUCCUCAUCGGAAAAGGUCAUCCAGAAUUCUCUACGAUGAGACAGCAAGAUGCUUUCGAGCUACUGCUUCAUCUCUUUAAGUUUAUCACACGCUCUCAACACAGGGCACCCCUUCAAGAUCCAACUGAAGCAUUCCGCUUUGUGAUGGAACAACGCCUACAGUGCUUGGGUUGUAAGAAGGUUCGCUACCGAACUGACGAGCAAGACAACAUUUCUGUCCCAGUACCCGUCAGAAAAAUCGAGGCUGCGACUAGUGGAGAUUCUACCGAGGAGAAGAACGAUGAGUAUGAACCGGUAACUCUCAAGGAGUGUCUGGACAUCUUUACGUCCGAGGAGAUGGUCGAGCUCACUUGCUCAUCUUGCGGCAGCAAGGACGGAUUCUCAAAGCGAUCUCUCUUCAAGACAUUCCCGGAUGUCCUUGCCAUCAAUGCUCGAAGAUUCGCUCUUGUCAACUGGGUUCCAACCAAGCUCAACCUACCAGUCAUCGUUGGGGACGAACCAUUCAGCUUGGACGACUACAAGUCCCUAGGCGUCCAGGAUUCCGAAGAACUUCUACCAGAAGAUGCUAGUGAAAGCAAACAGCCAUCAUUCGUACCAAACGAGGACGCCGUUCAAGCUCUCGAAGGCAUGGGAUUUCCUCGCAACCGGUGUGUCAAGGCUCUCCAUGCGACAGGAAACACCGAUGCAAAUACUGCCAUGGAAUGGCUUUUCGGCCACAUGGAAGACCCUGACAUCGAUGCUCCUUUAGUUCUUGCCGACAGUGGUAGCGCUCCAGCCGCUGCUGAUCCAGAGAAGAUUGAGAUGCUCAGCGCAAUGGGCUUCGGUCCACCACAGGCACGCAAGGCAUUGAAGGAGACUGGAGGUGACAUGGAGCGCGCCGUUGAAUGGUUAUUCAGUCACCCAGAUGACCAAGGCGAAUUUGAGGACGCUGCUCCUGCAGCUGAAGCCGCUCCUAAGAAAGAAGCCGGAAGCAGCCAUUUGCCAGCUAGCUUCCAACUCCACUCUAUCAUCUGUCACAAGGGCUCUAGUGUUCAUUCUGGUCACUACGUAGCUUUCGUCCGCAAACUCCUUGCCGGAGAGAGCACUCCCCAAUGGGUCCUCUUCAACGAUGAGAAGGUUGUUAAGGCAACCGAUGUGGAGGAGAUGAAGAAAUUCGCUUACGUGUACUUCUUCCAACGACAGUAA